CAGUCAGUCAUCUUUUUAUAAUGAAUGACUGAGGUUAGAAUAAUUGGUAAGGCUAAAUUAACCAUAUAUUUUCAAAAUUAAAUUGCUGUCACAUGAAUAACUUAUAAAUGGAAAAUUUGUUCUAAGAAUGUUCUCUUAGGAUUUGAAAUAUGGUGUUGUAUUAACCAACAAAUUGUGAAUGAAUGCCUUAGGAGAGAAGAGUUAUUUCUUAGGGACAUUCUUUCACACCUGUUUAUAUUUUGUGUGCUGAAUCAAAGGAUUAGAGGAUGACUGAAGUUCUGAAAAUAGGACAGAGUGGAGAGUGAUGUGGGGAGAAUGUGUGUGUGGGGAUUGUGGUCCUUCUUGCAUUAUUCCCUCAUUGCACAAGAGCUGCUCCGGGCAGCUCCUCUAGACUGGUUAUUCCCUGGAUAAACCCUGGAGACAGCUCCAGGUGUGCACAAGCAUAUUUUUAAUGGGAACUGUGAAGACUGGACACAGCAGCCAAAUGUGCAAGGCAAAGCCCUUUGGUCUAAAUGGAGUGUGAGAUUUGUGUGGGAGAGGGAAGAAAAGAAUGGUUUUCCCUGGGAUGGAGGGGACAUUAAUCCAGGAGACAGAGCAGGUGCCAGAACCUCCUGUUCAGGAGAGUUCUGUGGCCAGUGAAGGAAUUUUGCCCCUGGAUUCUGAGGAGUCUGGUGUCUGUGAAGUUAUCCUGGUUCACGAGCAUUAUUUGGUUCACAAGCCACAGAAGGUCUGUUGGGCGGAGGCAGCCGGGACGGUCCGGGACGGGCUCCGCGCGUACACGGCCCUGCACUACCUGUCCCAGGUGUCUCCUGGCACAAGUGUCCUCGUCCUGGAUGGAGCAAGUCCGUUUGGUACCAUCGCGAUUCAGUUGGCUCAACACAGAGGGGCCAAAGUCAUCUCCACUGCCCACAGCCUGGAGGACAAGCAGUACCUCGAGAGGCUCAGACCUACUGGGGAAGGAGGCCGGCAGCCUUUGGUGGCCCGAGUGAUCGACGUGUCCCAUGGGAAGAUUGACGUGGCCGAGAGCUGCCUGGAGGAGACGGGCGGGCUGGGCGUGGACAUCGUCCUGGAUGCCGGAGUGAGGUUAUACAGUGCUGAAGAUGAACCAACUUCCAAAUCCCAGCUGCUCCCUCACAAACACGACAUCAUCACUCUGCUUGGGGUUGGGGGACACUGGAUAACGAUGGAAAAGAACCUGCAGCUGGAUCCUCCAGACAGCCAUUCAUUGUUCCUUAAGGGAGCCACAGUGUCCUUCCUGAACGAUGAGAUCUGGAACUUGUCCAAUGUGCAGCAGGGGAAAUAUCUCGCCAUCCUAGAAGAUAUCAUGGAGAAAUUAUCAAGUAGCGUUUUCAGGCCUCAGCUGGAUGAACCGAUCCCAUUGUACGAAGCCAAAGUUUCUAUGGAAAUAGUUCAGAAGAAUCAAGCAAGAAAGAGACAAGUCAUCCAGUUCUGACACACAACUUCUGAUUUCUCAGCCUGGGGAAGAUAAAGAAAUGUAAUGUAUCUGUGGAGUAAAUCAGCGUACACUUGCAGGCAGUUCUGUAAACAGAAUUUAAACAUCCUUUGUACCUCAGCACAAAUGGUCUCUGAAGCUUCCAUGACUUCAGGGUUUUUUUAAUUCCCUUGAGCAGAAUGUUCCCAUCAGCAGCUUCUAAAGAAGGAGCCUUGAAAUAAAAAUCUUGUCUGCCCUGCCCCAGGUACAAAUGUCAGAAACAUCUACAGGCGAACUCAGUCGCUGUUGGUUUACCCUAAGAAAUUAAAGAGGG